CUAUAAAUUACAAACCCGAACUAAAUUAAACUGGAUGUGAAAUCUAACAAACUUGGAAACUUUACUUUUCAAAGCAACCUAUUUCCUCAAUUUUAAGAGCCUAGAGGUGUGAUUUGAGAAGUGGGUUUUGGAAAAUGAGUGAUAAUUUGAUGGAGAAAGUGAAUGCGUUCGGCGAGAAGUUAAAGAUUGGAGGGUCUGAGGUGGGGCAGAAGAUUAGUGAAGGAAUGAGCUCGGUUGGUUUCAAGAUGAGGGAGUUCUUUCAAGGGUCGAGUGAGGUUGAUAGGAUUGUGGAGGAAGCGACUGCGGAUACGUUAGAUGAGCCUGACUGGGCUACGAAUCUUGAGCUUUGUGAUAUGAUUAAUCAUGAUAGGAUUAAUAGCCUUGAAUUGAUUCGAGGUGUGAAGAAAAGGAUUAUGAUGAAGGUUCCUAGGGUUCAGUACUUGGGUUUGGUUUUGCUUGAGACUAUUUCUAAGAAUUGUGAGAAAGCGUUUUCGGAAUUUGCGGCUGAAAGGGUGCUUGAUGAGAUGGUGAAGAUAGUUGAUGAUCCUCAGACUGUUGUUAAUAAUCGCAAUAAGGCUUUAAUUCUGAUUGAAGCGUGGGGGGAAUCUUCGGAUGAGCUUCGCUAUUUGCCUGUUUAUGAGGAGACGUACAAGAGCUUGAGAUCCAGAGGUAUACGUUUUCCUGGUCGUGAUGGUGAGAGUUUGGCUCCUAUAUUCACUCCUCCUCGUUCGACCACAGCACCGGAGCCAAAUGCGAGCUUGGCACAACAAAUGUAUAAUGAGGUUCCUGUGAUAAGCUUUUCUCCUGAGGAAACAAAAGAAGUAUUUGAUGUUGCAAGAAACAGUAUUGAACUUCUUACGACAGUUUUGUCCUCCUCACCAGAGCAAGAAGCUUUACAGGGCGACUUGACAAUUACACUUGUGCAGCAGUGCCAUCAGUCCCAAAAUACUGUCCAAAGAAUCAUCGAGUCGGCUGUGGAUGAUGAAGCCUUGCUCUUUGAAGCCUUAAGCAUAAAUGACGAAAUCCAGAAUGUCAUAUCCAAGUUUGAGGACAUGAAGGUACAUAUCCCAGUAGUUCCCCCAGUACCAGAACGUGCUAUGAUACCUAUAGCGGCUGAGCCAGCUGAUACACCCCUUGAAGGCAAGGAAGAUGCACUCAUUAGGAAGCCUUCUGGUUCUACAGGUGGAUCGAAAGGAAUGAACAAUAACGAAGUGAUGGAUAAUCUGGAUGAAAUGCUCUUUGGCAAGAGUGCGAAUGGCACGUCUGGAACAGGGCAUACCGGAAAUAAAGGUUCACCUAAAGAUGAUCUUAUUAGUUUAUAAUUUUUAUGCACAGAAAAUUUUAGAACUUCAAAGAACUGCUGUUGAUGUUUUGCUUCAGGUCACGUAAAUUGUUUUCUUAUGGAGAUUGAUUAAUAAAUCCUCAUAAACUUGAAUGCAAGCUGACCAUUGUUAGUUUCUUCUU